AUGUUCCAACUCAAGACAAUCCUCACCCUCCUCCCCAUCUUCCUAACAUCUACCCUCGCCGCUCCCUCCGAACCCCGCUCCGACUCAAAAUGCGUCUACUACUGCGGCAGCCACUGCUACUGGGCGAGCGACAUCAGCAAAGCGCAAGCAAAGGGGUACUCCUUAUACGAAGAAGGGCGAACAAUCGACGACUACCCACACGUGUACCACGACUACGAAGGGUUCGAUUUCACCGUCUCGGGGACAUACUACGAGUACCCGAUUCUGGAUGACUACAAGGUGUAUGAUGGGGGUUCUCCUGGUGCGGAUCGGAUUAUCUUCAAUGGGGAGGAUGAGUUUGCGGGAUUGAUUACGCAUACCGGGGCGGAGGAAUAUGAUGGGUUUGUGGCGUGUCAGGCUGUUUAG